AUGAAUACAUCAAAAUUGCGUGCUGUUCUAAAAGGACAUAAAGGAGCUGUAGCGAAACUUACGGCGAAGUUAGAAGAAGUGACAGACGAGACAGAAGUCGAGGAAAACGAGAAUAUUCUUCAUUCACUGGAGAAGAAACUUCAAAGCAUAAAUGAUCUACACGAGAAGAUAAUAGACAGUAUUCCAGAAGACAAAGAAGAUGAAAUAGAGAGAGAAGUUAUAGAGCAAGAUGAUUACAUCUACAUUCUACAGUCUACAAUCAACAAAAUCAAGAAGACGAUAAAGGUAAAAAAUUCAAAUUUAAACAUUGCGGCCCCAUCAUUUACACGCCCAUUGAGCUCAACUGAGAAUGCAGAGGUACAGCCGCAUGAAAUAUCGUCAGGUAUGAAUAAUCGUGAGACAGUUCCAUUUCCGAACUUUAGUGCAAAUUCACAGUCUUACAACUCUGUGCAUAGCUCAAUAUACCACAGACUGCCGAAACUUGAUCUUCCUACUUUUAAUGGCAGUAUUCUUGAAUGGCAAUCUUUCUGGGAUUCCUAUGAAUCAGCUAUACAUGCAAACCCGUCGCUUACAGAUGUUCAGAAAUUUAAUUAUUUGAAAUCGUUGCUAAAACAAGAUGCCUUACAAACAGUAGCAGGAUUUGCCCUUACUAACACUAAUUAUCAGAAAGCCAUAUCACUUCUACAUGAGAGAUACGGACAAAGAGAAAAGAUUAUUCAAACAUACAUGAAAGCGCUGCUUGAUAUGCCUGCGCCUACAUAUUCAUUUGCAGGUCUCAGACAUUUUUAUGACAAUACAGAAAUUUAUAUAAGAGGUUUAGAAUCGCUGGGCCAAACAGAAGACACAUACGGUUCAUUGCUAGUUCCGGUUAUUUUGAAUAAAUUGCCAGCAGAAAUAAGAAAGAGUAUGACACGUGAGCACGGGUCGUCUACGUGGAAUCUGAGUGACAUUAGAAAAUGCUUACUUAAGGAACUUACAAUUAUGGAUGCCGGAAAUGAUCUCGAGUCCCCUCUGAGUUUUCCCUAUACUGCAUCAUUUGUGACAAAUGCUAAAUCCAGUGAAAGGCCGACCAAUAAAAAGGUUAGUUACCAACAACCCAGAUAUGUGAAUCAAAAGCUUUGUGCGUUCUGUAAAGGAUCCCAUGUGAGUACAGACUGUAAAAAUGUGAAUAAUUAUGAGGACAGAAUGAAAAUUGCUAAGCGAGAUCGGUUAUGUUACAACUGCCUAGGAAAACACAAGAUAUCAGACUGCAAGUCCAAAUCCGUGUGUAGAAAAUGCUCCCUUCGUCAUCACACACACACAAGUCUAUGUAAAGGAAAUACAGACACCGGAAGUGAUCAGAAAACCCAGAAUGCACCUAAAACUAGCGUGGAAACCCACAGCGCAAAAGACACGGACACAGUGAUGUUACAUUCUGCCAACACAUAUGCCAAGGAAGAAGUUUUACUUAAAACGGCAGUUUCUACUAUAGAGUCGGAAUACACAACCGCGGAAGCAAAUAUAUUAUUUUGGUGCGCAAAGGUCGUUCAUGACAGAAAGUAUGGCCAAAACGUUGCACGUGACCCCUAUCAAUUUAUCAGGAUUUGGCGCGAAGCAGAGAAAAGUUCGGCAUUUAGAUACCGCCACUAUAUACUUACAAGCAGAUGA